AUGCGUCACAUUAACAUGUCAGACCCUCACAUUUCAUUCUUUGCUCAGAGAGUAAAUCCAUCAAUCUUACCGGUAAUCCAGUGUGUGGACAGACCCCGUGCAGCAGCCAGGAUUAGUGUUCAGUUAUGUCAUAGAGAAGCAUUGUGGACGUAGCGUGCAUGCGCAGCUUGCCAAUCACAGCGCCUUAACCCAGAAUCAUUGAAUCCAUCAUCAUGCUAUGCGAUGACGAAAAUAAAGGCCUUCGAAAAUCCAAGGUGUCAUGGUGCAAGAGACCCUGAUGUCUUGAUGUAGGCAAAAUGUAAACAUUGUCAGACAAAAAGUAUUACGUACUAUACUGCAUUACGAAGCAGUGGUUUUGAUGCUUAGAAUGCACUUUUAACGGCAGGGUUCUAAAGAAAAUGUCUUUUAAUGAAAAUUGAUUUUUUUAUCAUAAUAACAUACAUCGCCCUUUGAUUUAUAGCGGACUGACAGUUAUGGGAAAAAUGAACUUAAUAAUUUGAUAAUUGCGAAGCCUGCAGUCCAUCAUCCGGCUAACUUCCUUCGGCAGGUUCCAACAUUCGUAAAAGUGAUGGCCGCUUCUACUGAAAUAAGGUAGGAUGAUAAACAGUUUACCUUUUUGGAGGGAUGGGAAGGAACCCGUAACAUACCAUUACCAUUUUUCAUUGAUGAGAGACUAAAGGGCUGUUAUUAUUAUUUGUUAUAAUUUACAUUGAAAACACUAAAACAUGUCAUUCUUUUAAUAAAAAGGCUAGGUUUAGGCACUAAAAAAAUUGUCAGGAACUCAAAGUGAAUUUUCCAUUUCAGUUUGGCUAUUAGCCACAAUUGCAAUUUACUUUCUUUUCUGUGAAUCAACAAGAAGUGGAGCAAUAAUUAGCUGAGGUACCCCACACCCAACAGGAAUAAAAAAUAUCUCAAAGAGUUAAAACAGGUAAACAGACAAUAAUAAAGAUACAUGACUAUAUUAACCUUAACUCUUAAAGGGACACUAUAGUUACCUGAACAACUUCAGCUUAAUGAGGUUGUUCAGGUUAAAACUAUAGCUCCCUGCAGCCUUUCUCAUGUAAACACUGUAUUUUCUGAGAAAUUACAGUGUUUACAUUGAAACCUAGGAACACCUCCAGUUGCAGUCACUCAGAGUGAACCAGAGGGACUUCGGAGUUGAUGGAUAUGCCUCCAUCCACUCAGAUCUGCUGUCAGCAGAGCACAGGGCAGCACUGUGCACAGCAUCCUGUGAUUCAGUAUCUCCUCCCUCUGCAUGCAGACACUGAACUUUCCUCAUAGAGAUUCAUUGAUUCAAUUCAUCUCUAUGAGGAGAUACUGAUUGGCCAGGGCUGUGUUUGAAUCAUGCUGGCUCUGCCCCUGAUCUGCCUCCUUGUCGGUCUCAGCCAAUCCUAUGGGGAGGCAUUGUGAUUGGAUCAGGCUAUGUCAGCAGACUGCUUGUUUUUCUGCGUCUUAACAGCAUGCAGAUUUACAGCUUCAGGCUUGAAUACAGUAAGAUUUUUACUAUAUUUAUGGAGGCAUGAGGGGCCCAGGGGGGCUAGAUGGUGGUGUUAACACUAUAGGGUGAGGAAUACAUGUUUGUGUUUCUGACCCUAUAGCUAUCCUUUAAGUUACCAGUAGAUGACAGCAAUUAAUCACAAGAUCACACAGUGCAUAGAAGAAAAAAUAGAGAAACAUCAAUAAUAGUGUGGAACCGAUUACUGUUAUCCACUGGUAACUUAAAGGGACCCUAUAGUCACCAGAACAACUACAGCUUAUUGAAUUUGUUCUGGUGAGUAGAAUCAUUACCUUCAGGCUUUUUGCAGUAAACACUGCCUUUUCAGAGAAAAUGCAAUGUUUACAUUACAGCCUAGUGAUAACUUCACUGGCCACUCCUCAGAUGGCUGUUAGAGAUCCUUCCUGGGUCAUGGCUGCCUAAAAUACAUCCAAACAUUCAGUAUAUCCUCCCUCUGCAUGCAGACACUGAACUUUCCUCAUAGAUAUUCAUUGAUUCGAUUCAUCUCUAUGACGAGAUGCUGAUUGACCAGCCUCCUUGUUAUUCUCAGCCAAUCCUAUGGGGAAGCAUUGUGAUUGGAUCAGGCCACCACUUCUGCUGAUGUCAGCAGGCAGAGGGCAGGUCUAAAGGAAACAGGGACAAAGUAAGCAGCUCCAGACUUGAAUACAAGUAAGAUUUUACUACAUUUAGGGAGGCAUGAGGGGCCAGGGGGGGGGGAUAGAUGGUUGUUUUAACACUAUAGUGUCAGGAAUACAUGUGUGUGUUUCUGACCCUAUAGUGCUACUUUAAGUAUCGAUUUUUUUGGAUUCCUGUUGGGUGUGGGUACUUCGCCUAAAAAUAGCUCAACUUCAUUUUGAUUCACUUUGAUGUUAUGUUGUUAGAUGCCAUGAAGGGAGAGCAUCGAAGUGUGUAGCAGCCAGAGAUAUUAUUGUAACCGUAUCAUUAGAUCACUUUCCAUGUGAUAUAGAUCCCAGGUCUUUUUACCACUUUUGCCCUAGGUCUAUUUAGCCCUCUGAUAUUUUCUCUUUUUUUACCAUUUAUUUUUUAUUGGCAAAAAUUAUAAAUUUACUUUGAAUUCCUGAGAAAUCACACGUUAAUAAAUAACCCAGUCUAUGUUUCUAAAAAUGUGCCAAACCUCGAAAGUCCUUUAUUAUAGAUGAGGAGAAAUCCCACCCAAGGCUGAUUGAUUCUGAGUGCUGUAAUUGUAUAUUUGAGAGGUGAGCAGUGUUUACCUAUGUUAGAGAAAGGUUUACACUACUGUCUUUUCUGUUCUUGUUCUUGCAUUGUGUUGGAGAACGUUGCUGAGGAGGUGAGUGAGGCAGGGAUUUGUUCCGUGAUUUUAACAGAUGUUCUCGUGUUUUCUAGUAAGAUCCCAGCACAGCUAAUUACGGUAGCCAAGCAAAGCAGCCUGGGUCUGAGCCUCGCCGGAGAGAUUAGCAGAACAGAAGGACCAUUGAUCUACGUUAAGGACAUUAUUCCUGGUGGAGACUGUCACACGGUGAUUAUCUCUCAUACUAAACGUCUUCCUCAAAUGUCUACUUACUAAACAGUGACCUGUCAACUGACUGGCAAACUCUUCACCAAAAUAGCCGAAUUACAGAGAAAAUAUCCAGCUGCUCAGAGUUUCAAACAUUUUAGAACUUACGUCCUUAGUCUGAAUUUUGUACAUUGAUUGUCAGCUAAUACAACUCACUGUUUAGUGAACAGACCCCAUAACAGUGCUGUUCCAUCAAUAAAUAGCUGAAUUGUUGUCACUCUCUCCAAUCUAGUAAAAUAAAAUGUAUCCAGAUUAUUAUUUACUGUUACUGUGCUGCUGUGAACAGAAAUUCUGAUAUGAGUUAAAGAGCCAUUUAAAGCAUUUUCUCAAACUAUAGUGCAGGAAUGAAUGUCUGUAGAUUUCAGUGUUGACUGCUAGGAGCCCUUGUGCCAGUGUGAAGCCUGCAUUCUGCCCAGCUGCUGUCAGUAUGCUUGUUGGAGUUCCAUGAUUUUAUAUACAGUAGAUAAAGGGAACCCAAGUUAAGUGUCCUGUGCCAAUUGUCUGCCAAAAGCAGGAGAGAGAGAGACUUUAACCAUAAAGAGUGUGAAAGCCACCACUUAGUAGCUGAGCCUCAACGUAUGUUCAGUAUAAAUAAAUAUUUAGUGCACUUGCCAGAAUGUCCGUGCCCUUUCCAAAUGAUCCCGUCAGUGGCAUUCAUUUCCCUGAUAGGUAGAACACUUCCUGUCUAAGACCCUUCACUAUGAAACAAUAAUAGGCUAGUUUUAUUGAUGUGCCAUGGCUCACAUUCCUUAAAUUCAUUAAUAGACCCAUGUGACGAACCAAACCUCGUCAUGGGCUCCUGGAGGAGCCUGCUUAGCCAUGCAAAAUACACUGAAAAAAGGCUUGGUCUUGUUCCUGCGAACGCAGGCAGCAGUGUUUGGACAUACAUCUCAUGGAAAUAAAAUCGGACACAGAAACUCCCGAACACCGCUGGACUUCCAUCAGCACCUGCGGUUCUACCCCACUUAGAAAGGCACUGUGCGGUGAAAACGUUCCCACAAACAAGGGAAACAGGCUACACAAAUAACUUAAGGAUUCAGUUGGGUGUUUUAUGUACUUUUGCGCUCCCGAAAAAGACCUACCGUUGGCCCUGAUUUCCUGGAACUGUUUAGGAUCAUGUGCACGGUCAAAAAUGUGACUUCCAUGAAAAUACCGAACCCAUGAACCGAUCGUGGUUAUUUUUGGAUAUGUUGGUCACCCAGAUUGGGGCGAUCAAGAGAUGUGACUUUUGUGGAGUUUUCAUGUGUGUUGGGUUGUAUUUUUGGGGUUAUGUUAUAUUGUAUGUUUUUGUAACUGAGAGAUAAUUUAAUUAUAUGUUUGUGUGAUCAGGUAGGGCGCAGAGGAGGAGUGUGUGGAAUGUUUGUAACUAGUUCCUCUCAGGUCCAGAGGGGAAUGCCCCGUGAAUAUGUUUAAGGAAACCCCUUGCAUGGGGAGUUACAUAAAAGGCCAUGUGUGACUUCUAUUAAACACAUUCGUUUUACCCCUUCAUGAAGUCUAGGCUCAUGUCUGGGGGAUUGGAGAGCUCUAAUCACUACUCUGCUGGAAACAGGAGAGCUCUAAUCACUGCAGCAUUUGGUAUUAGGGAGACUUAAUGCGGAUAUACUCAGCCAGAGUAUAGGGGAUCUGGUACAACCCAAACUUCCAAUAAUAUUACAGCCAUGAAUAUAUUCUAGCUUAAAGCGGCACUGUCACACAAACUUACCCUUCUCUUAUGGUUUUCCUCUUCUCUUCCUCUCUCAGCAGAUGUUCUCCUUUACUUUUCUGAUAUAGUUUUCUUUAAAAUAUAAGACAAAGAAGGGACUACUUUGUCUUAUGUAUUUUUGCUACGCCUGACAUUCUCUGACACAAGGAGGAGCUUAAGUUACUUCCAUUUCCUGUGUCAAAGAACGUUUUCCCGCAAUACUUACCCUCCUCCUUGAAGAAGGAAAUGGAACUAACUUAAGUCAAAGAAUGUCAGGUGUAGAAAAAUACAUAAGACAAAGUAGUCUGCAGUUCCACUUUUCAGAGUCUGUUAACUUCACCAUCAGUGAUCUUCUUCACCAAAUGUCCUGCAGAGGACACUGUGCAGUGCAUGAAAGGGGCUGACUUACUCCCAGUUUCACAAUCCAGAUACCCACUGUGA